CUGUGCGCAUGCGUCGGCGCUGGCGCGUCGACGCGCCGGGUCAAGGGUCAGCCCGCAAGAUGGCGGCGGCGGUGACCUUCUGCCGGCUGCUGAGCCGGAGCGGCGGCGCGGCGGCGCUGAGCCUGCCCCAGGGCGCCAGGCGCUUCGGGGUGCGGACCUCGCCAACCGGGGAGAAGGUCACACACACCGGCCAGGCUUAUGAUGGUAAAGACUACAGGAAAGUUCGAUUUGUAAGUCGUCAGAAAGAGGUGAAUGAGAACUUUGCCAUUGACCUGAUAGCCGAGCAGCCCGUGAGUGAAGUGGGGAGCCGUGUGAUAGCGUGUGACGGUGGUGGAGGGGCGCUGGGCCACCCGAAGGUCUACAUAAACUUGGUAACGUGACGUGACAAAGAAACAAAGACGGGGACGUGUGGUUACUGUGGACUCCAGUUCCAACAGCAGCACCACUAGGCGUCCGGUCGCCUGGGCCUCGGCCGUGUCCGUUACGUGUCAGUGUAAAACGGGCAGACGCUCGUGCUGUGUGAGUGCGUCCUGGUGCCAAUAAAGCCUCUUGUCCAGGACGGCCAA